AGAUGUUUAGGCCACCGAGGGAUGGUGUAUCCCCUCCUAUCUGCUCACAUCUUUACUGUUGUGUACAGACAGUGAUGAUGAAAGUAAGAUGGCGGCUCCGGGAGGCAGAAUCGGUGACAGUAUGAGCCGGUGGGAGUUAUUCUCUUGCUGACGACGGAUUUUGGCAUCUUUCACACUUUUUUGGGGGGAGAGUAUCCGAUUAGGGUACCGGUCGAGACAAAGCGAACAGAUUUUCUGGGAUUUAUCGAAAAUAUCCGAUUGAGCUAACUGGACAGAGAUAGCUAAGGAGUUAACCGGCUAGUCAAACGACCGAUCCAGGAAAGGUGUGUGUGCUCCGGCACCAUGCCGGCAGCUUGAGCCGAGGGACGCCGACUUCUGAUCAGGGGAUGUUAAGUGGCAACAAGCGAAUUCAAGAUUUGACGGCAAUGGACUGCGUCCCCAGGCCUGGCAAAGGGGAGGCCGGAGAGACGCUGGGCCUCCGAUUGUAGACGCGGGUGUCAGCGCUGACCCAGGCCGUCCCAAAAGGGCGGCGGACAGGGCGAAGGUUUCGGCGUCUGCGGAGCACGAUCCAGUCCCUCUUUCCCUGCGCACGGCCGGCACGGCUACCCCAGCUCGCACAGCCUGGCUGCCUUCGGGUGCUGCAGAACCGCUGUUUUGACCGAGGCUCACUCAACGCGACGCCGGACAGAGUGUCGGCGACCCCGCCGAGGAAUGGACGCUGAUGAGUUUGACCCCCCACCCGAGUGCCCAAUCUUCGAGCCAUCAUGGGAGGAGUUCACAGACCCCCUGGGCUACAUCGCCAAGAUACGACCCAUAGCCGAGAAGACUGGUAUCUGUAAGAUCCGCCCCCCUCCCGACUGGCAGCCUCCAUUCGCCGUAGAGGUGGACAACUUCCACUUCACGCCACGAAUCCAGAGGCUGAACGAGCUGGAGGCGGAGACGCGCGUCAAGCUGAACUACUUAGACCGAAUUGCCAAGUUCUGGGAGAUCCAGGGCUCCUCGCUGAAGAUCCCCAACAUUGAGCGGCGCAUGGUGGAUCUCUUCAGCCUCGCCAAAGUGGUGUCUGAUGAAGGGGGGUUUGAGUCGGUCACUAAGGAGCGGCGUUGGGCCCGCAUAGCCCAGAAGCUUGGCUACCCCCCAGGGAAGAACAUCGGCUCACUGCUAAGGGCCCACUACGAGAGGAUCGUUUACCCAUUUGAGAUGUUCCACUCAGGAGCCAGCCUGCUGCCACAGUGCAAACCGCGGCUGUAUGACAGCGAGGACGUGGACAAGGAAUACAAGCCUCACUCCAUUCCGCUGCGGCAAUCUGUACAGCCGUCGAAGACCAGCAGCUACGGGCGGAGAGCCAACCGGCUGCAGCCUGACGGUCCUGAAGACUUGCCCCCCCACCCUCUCACCGCUGGCUCUCAGCACACCUCUUCGCCAGAGCCCACGGAGGAGGACAUCGAGAAGAAUCCAGAGCUGAAGAAACUGCAGAUAUAUGGGGCGGGGCCUAAGAUGAUGGGCCUGGGGCUGGUGGCGCGGGACAAGGGGGUAAAGAGGAAAGAUGAUCUGCCGCAGACUGUGGUCGUGAGGGAUGGCACCACGAUCAAGGAAGAGUCGGUGGAGCAGGGCGGGGGGCCAGAGGCUUCCCACAACAUUUCUGUCAAGGAGGAAGAGGGAAGGACGAGUGAGGAGGAGGAGGAAGAACGUGACGAGCCCUGUACCAAGAUGACCAUGCGGCUGAGGCGGAAUCCAAGCAACGUACAGCUGGUGGACUCCUUCGUAUGCCGGAUGUGUGGUCGCGGAGAUGAAGACGAGAAGUUGCUCCUCUGCGAUGGCUGUGAUGACAACUACCACACCUUCUGUCUGCUGCCGCCACUGGGUGACCCGCCCAAGGGGGCCUGGCGGUGCCCCAAAUGCGUGGCUGAGGAGUGCAAGCGGCCGGCGGAGGCUUUUGGCUUUGAGCAGGCCACUCGGGAGUACACCCUGCAGAGCUUCGGGGAGAUGGCCGACACCUUCAAGGCCGACUACUUCAACAUGCCUGUCCAUAUGGUUCCCACCGACCUGGUCGAGCGCGAGUUCUGGCGGCUGGUCAGCAGCAUCGAGGAGGAUGUCACCGUGGAGUACGGCGCCGACAUCCACUCCAAGGAGUUUGGCAGUGGCUUCCCGGUCAACAACGGGAGGCGGAAGCUCUCGCCGGAAGAGGAGGAGUAUGCAAGGAGCGGCUGGAACCUGAAUGUGAUGCCCGUGCUGGAGCAGUCCCUCCUUUGCCACAUCAACGGCGACAUCUCAGGCAUGAAGGUGCCCUGGCUCUAUGUGGGCAUGUGCUUCUCCACCUUCUGCUGGCACAUCGAGGACCACUGGAGUUAUUCUAUCAACUACCUGCACUGGGGGGAGCCCAAGACGUGGUACGGCGUGCCGUCGGAUGCAGCCGAGCACCUGGAGGACGUCAUGAAGACACUGACCCCGGAGCUGUUUGAGUUUCAGCCUGACCUGCUGCACCAGCUGGUGACCAUCAUGAACCCCAACAUCCUCAUGGCCCACGGGGUCCCGGUAUAUCGAACUGACCAGUAUGCGGGGGAGUUUGUCAUCACCUUUCCCCGUGCAUAUCACGCUGGCUUCAAUCAGGGGUACAACUUUGCAGAAGCCGUCAACUUCUGUACGGCUGACUGGCUCCCAGCUGGCCGUUCCUGCGUGGAGCAUUACCGCCGCCUGCGCAGAUACUGUGUCUUCUCCCACGAGGAGCUCGCCUGCAAGAUGGCCGCUUGCGCGGAGAAGCUGGACCUGAACCUGGCAGCGGCCACUCACAGGGAGAUGCUCAGCAUCGUGCAGGAGGAGCGGAAGCUACGCAAGGACCUGCUGGAGAGGGGAAUCGUGGAAGCGGAGCGUGAGGCCUUCGAGCUCCUGCCCGACGAUGAGCGCCAGUGCGACAAGUGCAAGACCACGUGCUUCCUGUCAGCCUUGGCCUGCAGCGGCUGCCCCGAGCGCCUGGUCUGCCUACACCACACGCAGGACCUGUGCUCUUGUCCUGUGGAGAAGCAGUACCUCAGGUACCGGUACACCCUGGAUGAACUGCUAGCCAUGCUUCACCGCCUCAAGGUCCGGGCCGAAUCCUUUGAUUCCUGGGCCAGUCGGGUAAAGGAGGCACUGGAGCAGGAGGAGGGGAGUAAGACGGAUGUGGAGGAGCUGGAGGCACUGAGGAUGGAGGCAGCUGAGAGGAAAUUCCCUGACAACGAGGUGUCCCAGCGCCUGAAUACUGCCUUGAGUGACAUUGAGCACUGCCAGGCUGUCAGUGGGCAGCUCAUCAGCGGCUCCUGCGGCAGGAGGCUGAGCCUUGCCGAGCUGCGUGACCUGCUUGAGAAGAUGAAGUCUCUUCCUUGUGUCAUGACUCAGGUGGACGGGGUGCAGGUCCUCUUGACUUCCGUGGAGCAGUUCCAGAGCCGGGUCCGUGCCCUUCUGGAUGGUGGACGUUGGAGCCAGGCCCCGCCCAAUUCAGAGGAGCUGCAGGAUCUGCUGGAGGAGGCUAAAACCCUUGCGGGCGAACCCCCGGAGUGCGAGACGCUGAGGGGCCUGCUGGAGCAAGGCCGCUGGCUUGGGGAGGUGCGCAGAGCGCUGGGUCCACGGGACAGCAGUGCAGAGAGUGCAGGCCACACGCCGGCUUCGCUGACAGACCUGCGGAGUCUGGUGGAGGCCGGCCGGGCCCUGCCACAGAGCACCGCUGUGGAGGCGGCCAUGGCCGAGCUGCAGGAGCUGCUGACCAUCGCUGAGCGCUGGGAGGAGAAGGCGCAGAUCUGCUUGGAGGCCAGGCAGAAGCACCCGCUGUCUACACUGGAGGCCAUUGUCAGUGAGGCUACGGUGAUCCCGGUGCAGCUGCCCAACAUCUUGUCUCUGCAGGCCUGCCUGGGCCGUGCGCGUGCCUGGGUCACUGACCUGGAGGAGAUCCAGAAUGGAGAGCAUUACCCCUGCCUGGAUGACCUGGAGGGCCUGGUGGCCGUGGGUAGGGACCUACCUGUGCAGAUGGAGGAGCUGAAGCAGCUGGAGGUGCAGGUAGCCAGCGCCCAGGCCUGGAGGGAAAGGGUCAGCAAGAGCUUCCUGAAGAAGAACCCAGCACACAGCUUGCUGGAGGUGCUGUGCCCCUGUGUGGAGAGGGGUCAAGGCAAGCCUGGCCAGUCAGACAUGGGCAGCCUAGGUCUCACUGCACAGGAUCUGAGGGACCCUGGGGCUAUAGUGUCCGCGUAUAAAGACGGAGAGCGACGAGAGAAGGAAGCUAUGAGGCGCCUCCGUGAGGUCAACUUGGCCACGUCGGUGUCAGUGGAGGGUGAGAGGCACAAAGAGGGCAAGGAGCAGGACAGUGCUUGUGUGAGCCCAGCGACGGCGCCCCCCUCUGGCCUGACCCCCAUCUGCGUGUGCGGCCACCCUCCCUGCGAGCCCCUCCUUCGCUGCCGCCUGUGCCAGGCCCGAUUCCACGCCGGCUGCGUGCCCUUCCCUGCUCUCUCAAUGCCUGCCUCCCCACUCUGCUGGUGGGACUGGGACGCCGGCUUCCUGUGCCCGCUGUGCCGCCGCUCACGGCGUCCCCGCCUGGAGACCAUCCUGGCUCUGUUGGUGGCCCUGCAGAAGCUGCCGGUGCGGCUGCCUGAGGGAGAAGCCCUGCAGUGUCUGACUGAACGGGCCGUCUCCUGGCAGGGCCGGGUCCGCAGCGCGUUGGAAAGCCCCGAGUUGCAGGGGCGGCUGGAUACUUUGAGGGAGCUCCGGGGGGGCAAGGGGGGGGUACAGGACUUGGAGGACGGUAGCCCCACUCACCCGGACACCAGUGCAGUGAUAAUGAAUCGCUGUGAAAAUGGACAUGGCGACGGGGAGGAUUCGCACAACGGCACAGGUGUGGAGGCACUCCUGCACCUGUUACCCUCCCUGCAGGGCCCUGUAAUCGAGCUGUCUCUAACAGCCGUGUCCCAGCUGGAAGAGCUACAGCUGGAAGGGGACCUCCUGGAGGUGACUCUGGACCAGACGCUGACCAUCCACUGGCUGCUUCAGGCCGCCUCCCACCCCCCCUUGCGCACUCUGCGUGCCCUUAUAACGGCAGAGCUGCAGGAGCAGCAGCAAGCUGGGCGCGGUGGGGGCCGAGCGAAGGACUCCAAAAGGAAGAGGAAGCGGCUGCGGGAGGUGGGCAGGGCAGACGAAGGCCUGGGCUGCAAGAAGCCCCACCCCCCGAGCCCACUGACCCAGUCAGAGAUCCUGUGAAGGGGGAUGAUGGAUUUACGGAAAACCUGGUGGAUGGGCCAAUCACACACCUCCCCCCCCCCCACCCCACCCCCCAACCGACACACAUACACCAACACAAAGCGCAGCCACCCAGGACAGAAGGAACAAAAUAAGGGCGGGGUGAACGCCAUCCUCCCCCGCCGCACUGACUGCUCUCAGCCCCUGCUGUCCCCACCCCCCCCAGUGUGCCAUGGGCUGCUGGCCCUGUGUUUUUGGAGAUGGGGCUGUGGAGUCAUGCAGCUGGUUUGUUUCCCCUUAAAGCACUGAAACUGCGCCCCCUCCCCCCCUUCACUGGAGGCUGGACUUCUCGGUUCGGCUCGGACUGCGUGAAGGUCUGUGCCCCCGGUGUGGGUCAGACCUGCAGCAGAAGCUGCACAGGUAACGCCCCCCUCCCCGGCCGCCGCAGACUGCAGCAUACGGUGGGGGCUCGUAACCGUAUUUUUUUGUAUUGGGUCUUGGGCUUUACUGAUGGUAUCAAAGGAGAAAAUGUUUGGGAAGUUUAAAGAAGUGUGUAGGCAUUUGGUGCUACUUCCCAAAGCGUCUCCUUUUCAUUCUCUUCUCUCUCCUCCCCUUUCACUGCUUUUCCUUUGGUUUUUCCACCUUUUCUCAUGACUUCCUGAGCACUUUGUUCUAACAGAAUUUCUGUCUUGGUUCAGAUAUUAAUUAUUAUUAUUAUUAUUAUUAUUAUUAUUAUUGAUAUUAUUACAGAUGUGGUUCUUUUCUGUUUUAAUGUUGCCUCCCCUCCUCCUAGUUAGCAAAUUAAAGGUUUAGAAGUGUUUUAGGA